CCCACCGGACUUCAGUGAAAGACGGAAACAACCACAGCACUGAAGAUGGUGACACAGUGGCAACUCGCACUUUUGGUGGUGACUGCUUUGGUGGUCACUACUUCCUCAUUCGUUAUUAGGAGACAGGCCAGCCUGCCGGUCGUAGAGUUCUGCAACAGUUCCAAGUCGAGCGUGGUCCAGGUAGACGCCGGCUCUGGUGGUGUCCUCAGGAGCGGCGGCUACACCAGCGGCAGUUACCGCAACAACGUCAAGUGUAACGUCAUGCUCCGCACCCAGGACCAGCCCCUCCUCGUCAACCUCACGUUCGACGUGUUUGACGUUGAGCUAGACCUGAAAUGUAGGCCGGACAGUCUGUGUAUCAACGGCGUCAAUUUCUGCGGCAACUGGUCAACUGGUCAAACCUUCCGCUACCUGAUACCUAAACGGUCAAACUUCACCCUCAACUUCCUCACUGACCUUGAUGUUACGGCUCGUGGAUUUCAACUGACCAUCGCCGCGAGUGCCUACAAGAACGAGACGAUUCUGUCCCCCACGGGAGGGGUGGGGUCGGCUGCAGGAAACCUGACCUUCACCAGCGUCAACAGCUCGACCCCCUACGUGGACAGGUGCAAGCAGGCGGUCGACGCCAGCUUCAGUUACUACAACUUCCAGUCCCCCAACUCGUCCUACGACAACUGGGUGCCAACCACAACCACCACAACAACCACCACCACAGCUAAACCGCUUAACACCACGACCACAGCCAAACCUUUAAAUACAACGACUACAGCUAAACCCCUCAACACCACCACUGCACCAACUAAUCUCACCACGACAACAACCGCUAAGCCCUUAAAUACCACCACAUCACCAACUAACCUCACCACGACAACAACCGCUAAGCCCUUAAACACCACCACAGCCCCAACCAAUGUGACCACCACCACGACAGCUAAACCUCUCAAUACCACCACAGCAUCUACUAAUGUUACCACCACAACAACAGCUAAACCCCUAAACACAACUACAGCUGCAGUAGGAAAGAGAGCCAUCAUCACCACCACUAAGAGCUUACCAUCAUAUCCUAGCACACCAGACUACACAACAGCUCCAUACGUCACAACUACCCCAUAUUUCUUCUAUAUUGACUACACUACACCCCCGUAUAUCACCACACCCCCAUAUUACUACAGUACACCAGAUUACACAACAUCACCCAGUUACCUCACCACACCUCCGUAUUACUACUAUACACCAGACUACACAACAUCCCCUAGCUACUACACCACACCCCCGUAUAUUACCACACCUCCGUAUUACUACUACUCACCGGACUACACAACAUCCCCUAGUUACCUCACCACACACCCCUAUAUUACCACACCCCCGUAUUACUACUAUACACCAGACUACACAACAUCCCCUAGCUACUACACCACACCUCCGUAUAUCACCACACCUCCGUAUUACUACUAUACACCGGACUACACAACAUCCCCUAGCUACUACACCACACCCCCUUAUAUCACCACACCCCCAUAUUACUACAAUACAGACUACACCACACCCCCAUAUAUCACCACACCUCCGUAUUACUACUAUACACCAGAUUACACAACAUCUCCCAACUACUACACCACACUCCCCUAUUACGGCUCUACAACAUAUAACUACCCCACCACAAAAAGUAGUUUGGUAUCCACAACAAAAAGUAGUGUGGCAUCCACCACAAAAAGUAGUUUGGUAUCCACCACACGCAGCAGUGUUCUAUCCACCACAAAAAGUAGUGUGGUACCCACCACACGUGGCAGUGUGUUAUCCACCACAUCCAAACCUGCUGUGGCUACCACAGUUCCAACCACACGCGCCCCCACAACCUAUAGGUCAGGGUAAGUCAGCCACUGACAAAACUAGCCUAGGCUGCAGUUAACAUUAGACCGUCUCUAAUUUAAACUUUUUUUUCUUCUUUUCCCUGGCCUUUUCUUUCUAUAUUGGUAUCAAUAUAGAUUUUUUUUCUUCAAAAUUUGAACUAAAGCUGAGUAAAAAAAAUAUCAAACCAUG